AUGGUUCAUCACACCUGUAUGUGCUGCUGCUGCUGCCCUCACUGUGGGGACAUUUUCCAGACGGAUUUCAUCCAUGAAGCCUGUCAGUACAGAUGGCCCCCAGCCAUGCUCGGGGACACCUGCAGGCUUGGAGAUGCUCGCAGGGAGGAGCAGUCUGCUGGUCAGGUGCAGAGGAGAACCAGGAGGCAUCGCACUAUUUUUACUGAAGAGCAGCUGGACGCGCUGGAGGAGCUGUUCCUGCAGAAUCAGUAUCCAGACGUGAACACAAGGGAGAGACUGGCACAGCAAACUCACCUGAGAGAAGAAAGAGUGGAGGUUUGGUUUAAAAACCGAAGAGCGAAAUGGAGGCGACAAAAAAGACUGUCAUUUGGCGUUGGAAACACAGAAAACUAAUCCUGUUAUGUACAUAUGGACUAUAGGAUUGUAAAAAAGAGCGAGCUGUGUGUGUGUUUGUGUGUGUGUGUGUGCUUGGAUUACAUUAAUACAAGGACUUUUCUUGCAAUUGUUAUAAAAUAUCAUCCACCUUUUGUUUUUUGAACAAGCUUUUAAUGCCGAUCGAAUCAUGCGAUUGAAGCCACUUUUAAAAACUAUUUGUAAAUGAUCGGCUGAGAGCGAGAUAGACAGAGAUAAUCAAUAUGCUAAUUCUAAUUUUGAGGGUUACAUCUUGAAUAUGUAAAUGGAAUGAAAUAGUCUGAACUUGUUGUGAAAAAAAAGUGUC